ACCUACACUUACAACCCACGCUUACACGCAUACGCACACAGCAACCUAUACCUACUAUAUAUAUAUAUAUAUAUAUAUAUAUACACUCUUUUUUUCUUCUUCUUUACCUCUAGUUUCUCAUCAUGACCCUCGAUGACUCAUCAUACCGUGCCCUGAGCAUCCAGUCUCACAUGGUCUCUGGAUACUGUGGAAACAAGGCUGCAGUCUUUCCUUUACAGACUCUUGGAUUUGAUGUCGAUAUACUUAAUACCGUUCAAUUCUCCAAUCACACUGGUUAUCCUUCAUGGACUGGUGGUCGAUUGACUGCAAACGAGGUUCAGGAUCUAUUCACCGGACUUGAGCGCAAUGGUCUCACUGAUGAUUAUACCCACGUAUUGACCGGCUACAUCGGCAAUUAUGAAAUCUUGGAAAGGAUCGAAGCCUUUGUCUGUCACUUGAAGACCAAAUCACCUAAACUGAUAUUCGUGUGCGAUCCUGUAAUGGGUGAUGGUGGCAGACUCUAUGUUGCACCAGAAAUCGUGCCUCUUUAUCGCGACAUUUUGCGCACCGCCGACAUUGUUACACCUAAUCAAUUUGAAGCAGAAACCCUUGCAGAGACUACAAUUAACUCCCUCGAAUCUGCAUGUGAAGCAGCCAAGGCCCUCCAUGCACUCGGCACGCCCAACGUCAUCAUAACCUCUGUUAGCCUGCCUACCCACGCACUCUAUUGCUUGACUAGCCACAAAGCCAUCACAGGUGUAACCGAGCAGCACUUGAUCGCUUUCCCCACAUACCCGGGUUACUUUACCGGCACAGGAGACAUGUUCUCAGGCCUGGUGGUCGCGCGCUGGCAAGAAGCAAUUGACAACAAGGUUGUUUCCCCUUUGGCUGCCGCCGCCUUCAAAGUUGUCUCUACCGUAAAUGCUGUCACACUAAAGACAUUUAACCGCCAAAAGGCCUUUAUUCAUGCCGAGAACCGUGGCCAGACCGGCAGUAUCGAAAAACGCCCAGAUUCACCAAAAGUAAUCCGUCAGUGCGAACUUAUGGUUAUCAAGGGCAAAAAGGAAAUCGAAGAUCCUGACAGUUAUAGCAGUGCUAUUAAGAUGGCCGCUGUUUAAGAAUCAGGCUAUAUUUCUUUUCUUCUUCUUCUUCUUCUUUUUUUAGAAUUGGAAAACCAUUGGAAAUAAACAAAAGAGAAAGAGAGAUAAAGAGAUAGUUAGAUGUAAAGAGAAAGAAACAAAGAAACAAAGAGAAAUAUAAGAUUCUUAUAAGUGAUAAAUAAAUCCUUGAACCAC